CUGUCCCGGCGGGCGGCGCAGCGCGGCCGCCGCCGGCUGUGAGCGGGGCGGGCGCAGGGCCUCGCCGGCGGCGCCAUGGCGGCGAGCGCCAAGCGGAAGCAGGAGGAGAAGCACCUGAAGCUGCUGCGGGAGAUGAGCAGCCUGCCGCCCAACCGCAAGUGCUUCGACUGCGACCAGCGCGGCCCCACCUACACCGACAUGACGGUGGGCAGCUUCGUGUGCACCUCCUGCUCCGGCAUCCUACGGGGCCUGAAUCCACCCCACAGAGUGAAGUCGAUUUCCAUGACUACUUUCACACAACAGGAAAUAGAAUUUCUGCAGAAACAUGGAAAUGAAGUGUGCAAACAGAUUUGGCUAGGACUAUUUGAUGACAGAUCAUCAGCAAUUCCAGACUUCAGGGAUCCACAGAAAGUAAAGGAAUUUCUACAGGAAAAAUAUGAAAAGAAAAGAUGGUAUGUUCCUCCAGAGCAAGCAAAGGUGGUGGCAUCAGUCCAUGCCUCCAUAUCGGGGUCUUCUGCCAGUAGUACAAGCAGCACACCUGAGGUGAAGCCACUUAAAUCUCUUUUGGGAGAAGCUGCACCAGCACUGCACUUAAACAAGGGCACACCUAGUCAAUCUCCUGUUGUAGUUCGAUCUCAAGGACAGCAGCCACAAGAAAAGAAACAAUUUGAUCUUCUCAGUGACCUUGGCUCGGAUAUCUUUGCUGCUCCUGCUCCUCAUUCAACUGCUACAGCGAAUUUUGCUAACUUUGCACACUUCAACAGUCAUACAGCGCAGAACUCUGCAAAUGCAGGUUUUGCAAACUUUGAUGCAUUUGGACAGUCUAGUGGCUCGAGUAAUUUUGGAGGUUUCCCCACAGCAAGUCAGUCUUCUUUUCAGCCCCAAAAUACAGGUGGAAGUGCUGGAUCGGUGAAUGCUAACUUUGCUCACUUUGAUAACUUCCCCAAAUCCUCCAGUGCUGAUUUUGGAGCCUUCAGUGCUUCUCAGAGCAACACAACGGCAACUGCAGUCAGUAAAGCUGCAGUGAAUAAACCGAACCUCCAGUCAGCAGACAAAUAUGCAGCUCUUGCUAAUUUAGAUAAUAUCUUCAGCACAGGGCAAGGUGGUAGUGAGCAAGGAAGUGGCUUCAGCACUGCAGUGACUGCAUCAGCAGGUCCUACUUUGUCAGCCCCAAGUCAGUCAAGUGCAUCUUCAGACAAGUAUGCGGCUCUAGCAGAAUUAGACAGCGUGUUCAGCUCCACAGCAACCUCCAGUAAUGCAUAUACUUCCACCAGUAAUGUUAGCAGUAAUGCUUUUGGAACAGUACCUGUGGUUGCUACUGCACAGACACAGCCUGCAUCUUCAAGCGUGCCUGCUCCAUUUGGAGCAACACCUUCCACAAAUCCAUUUGUAGCGGCCCCUGUUGCCCCAGUGGCACCUUCAACAAAUCCAUUCCAGACAAAUAGCCGAGGAGCAACAGGCCUCUCGGGAGCAAUGCACUCUCACAUAUUUCCUCAGGCUCAUUUUGCAGCAACAUUUGGCACGGCAUCCAUGAGCAUGCCUGCAGGAUUUGGAACUCCUGCCUCUUAUAGUCUUCCUACUAGUUUUAGUGGCAACUUCCAGCAGCCCACAUUCCCAGCCCAGGCAGCUUUCCCUCAACAGACUGCUUUUGCUCAGCAGCCAAAUGGGGCAAGUUUUGCUGCAUUUGGACAGGCAAAGCCUGUAGUAACUCCUUUUGGACAAGUUGCAGCUGUUGGAGUAUCUAGUAAUCCUUUUAUGGCUGGUGCACCAACGGGACAAUUUCCAACGGGAAGCUCAUCAACCAAUCCUUUCUUAUAGCCUUAUAGACACUUUACCUAAAAGAACUCUUAUGUGGUCACAUAACAUCUCUGCGCCUCUUGCACUGUUGUCUUGUUUCACUGAUAUUAGCUUUAAACACAAAAAAAAAAGUCUUUAAGAAGUAAAAAUAAAAGCCUGCAUUGUGUACCUUAGGAAGAAAAAACAAAACAAAACAAAAAAAACCCAAAACCACCCCCUGCCCCCCACGAGGUAAUAAUGUGCAAAACAGAGGGCUGUGGUAACAUCCUUGAACCUGUGAAUUGGCAGGUAAAAAGUAGCGGUAUCAUGUAUAUUAAAAUUGGCUAAUAAGUUAUUGCAGAUACCACAUUCAUUAUGCUGCAGUACUGUACAUAUUUUUCUUAGAAAAUAGCUAUUUGUGCAUAUCAGUAUUUGUAACUUUAACACAUUGUUAUGUGAAAAAAAAUGUUACUGGGAAAUAGAUCAGCCACUUUUAAGGUGCUGUUGUAUCUCUUGGAAUGAAUGAGCUACAUCGUUUUAACCAUCGGUAUUGGAAGUCAUGAAGUUAAAUUGAAGGUUUAUUCAUUUCUCAAAAUGUUUUCCUUUCCUAAGAGCUCUUCUAUUUAUACAUGCCUAAAUCUCUAAUGUUAGAGGGAUACCUGUCUGCAUAAUAAAGCUGAUCAUGUUUUGCUACAGUUUGCAGGUGAAAAAAAAAUAAAUAUUAGAAAAACAAUUGCAUGGCACUUACUUCUGUACAGUAACAUUUUAUUGGGUUAAAAUGUAUGUAUUUUGAAUUUCAUGCACACAAGUUAUCUAAAGCCAUAUGCUCUAAGGUGAGCUAAGCUGAAAAUUUCCACAUGCUUCAUCUUGGAUAUAUUUUGUGUUUCUUUUGGUGUCCUUGACCUACUCUUCUGAGUCAAGUGGAGUAGCCUACUCAACAGCGAAGUAUUGGAGUGAACUUGGAUUAUUUUGAUAGAAAAACUGUUUAAUGAAGGACUUUGGAAGCACUGAGGAGAGUAGUAACUUGAGAGGAAAGGAUUAGCUGAGAGGCAUAAUUGUGGGCAAUAAAUGUCAGUCUUUAAGCAUGACUUCUUUGUGAUCAGAACGGUGUAUCUGACUGCAGACACUAAUGCUCUUCUUACUAAAUAUGCAUGGGUAUCAGUGAGACCUCUCAUGGAAGGGGAUAUUUUAUUAAAAUGUUUCAUGUUCAACUGGAAUGAAGUUUGUAGAAUAAAGAUGGCUGGCUUCUUUAGCUUGUAAUAGAAGGAUGGUAAGAAGUUUAUGAUACUCUCUGUAUAAAAAUAGGCAAUGAUAGGCAUGAAGUCGGAGACAACUUGAUUUGAGUUUGAGUCUACUACUGGCUCUAAGCAAACGAAUGUAGAUAUCUCAUGACUACAUAGACUGUUAAGCUUAAAAUAAGGUUUUGACCAGCUGAAAGGUGAUGUUGCUGUUUUCAAGAUAACAGGAAUGCAUAA